AUGAAUAUUUCUCCAGGCUCAACAAAAUACUGGACUCCUGACUGUGAGCAGUCCAAAAAGGCUUACGUGGGACAACGGUUCUCUACUUUGGAAGCAGGGAUCACAUUCUACACAGCGUAUGUAACUAUUACUGGAUUUGAUGUGCGGCGUGCAACCGAGAAAAAGGAUCGACAAGGUAAAAUCACAUGGAAGUACGUGUUGUGUUCGCGUGCGGGCUUCAAAAUCCCUACUGGUGGAGCUACAAUCACAGAUUUUGGAAAUUUCAAACGAGAUAUAAUGGCAUAUAUAGAAGGCGCAGAUGCCCAACUAGUGAUUGACGCAUACAUGGCAAAGAAAAACAUAUGUACUGACUACUACUUUGCCCACGACGUUGAUGAGCUUGACCAAUUAUGUCGAAUAUUUUGGGCGGACUCUCAGGCACAACAGAAUUACAAGCUAUUUGGUGAUAUUAUGUCCUUUGACGCCACAUACAAUACAAACAGGUACAAGCUGGUCUUUGUGCCAUUCACUGGAGUGGACCACCACAAAAAAAGUGUGACAUUCGCAGCAGGACUAAUUGCUAGAGAAGAUGUGGACUCCUAUUGUUGGCUAUUAGAACAGUUCAAGAAUGCAAUGGGUAAUGUUCCUGCAUGCACAGUUACCGACCAGGACCCCGCAAUGAAAGUCGCAGUAGCACGAGUUUUUUAUACAACCCAGCACAGAUUUUGCAUGUGGCACAUCAUGACGAAAGUUAGCGAAAAGGCAGGACAAACACUAGUGAAGAGUGAAGAUUUCCUUAAAGACUUAAACAACGUGGUGUGGGAUGAGACACAAACAACUAGGGAGUUUGAAGAAGCUUGGCAAACAGUAAUGGAGAAACAUGAUUUGGUGGAGCAUCAAUGGUUUAAACACAUGUUUGAGAUACAUGAACAUUGGAUACCAGCAUACUUCAACAAUGUGUUCAUGGGUGGCUUGAUCCGAACAACUUCAAGAUCAGAGUCAGUGAACAGCGUAUUCAGCAACUGCACUUCCCCAUAUCUUAGUCUGACGAAGUUCUUCGUACGGUUUGAGAAAGCAAUAGACAAGCAACGUCACACCCAAGCCCAACUAAACACAAACUGCGAGGGAAAAUUCCCAGAGUUGAAAACCCCUUUAGCAUUUGAAAAGCAAGCAGCCACAACAUAUACCACUGCAGUGUUUUAUGAUGUCCAGAAGGAGAUAUUAGAAGGGUGCUUCUCAUCGCAAGUAUUAAAUGAAAUAGGGAAUGGGUGCACACGCACAUUUGUUAUAGAGGACAGGACCAAGAGCAAAUAUACAGUGGAUUAUAAUUCUGCUAUGGGAACAGUACAGUGCACGUGCAAAAUGUUCCAUAGGAUUGGGCUACUAUGCAGGCAUGUGUUCUUGGCAUUUAAGGAUGUCCAUUUGGAAAGGAUACCAGGACAGUACAUACUAGCACGGUGGUCACGCAAAACAUCUUCACCCCAUGCAUGGCUUUUAGCGGACACCGAAUUGGAGAAUCCCACAGAAGCGGUUGGAGGGAAUUCAAGAAUGGCUACUAUAUUUGACGAGUUCUUCAAGUGUGUUGGGGUUGCGUCUAGAAACAACGACAGAAUAACAGAGUUGGCACAAGUACUCCAUCAGCACAGAGAAAAUUGUAUGAGAACCCUGCCCCAAGAGCAACCUACAGCAGCAAAGAGCGAUCUCAUACGUAGUUUAUGUGGGUCAACCUCAUCAACAACCAUCGAAGUCCAACCCCCUGCAAUUUCAAAGAACAAAGGAUCUAGGAAGCGUUUGAAAUCAGCAAAGGAAAUUGCAUCCGAACAAGCUGCCAAAGGGAAACGAAAGUGUCGGACUUGCUUAAAAUAA